CACAUUUUGCGGAACCCUAGGGGCAUUUUGGUAAUCGUGUCCUCCAUAAGUAUAGAUCGCUGGGGCUCCUCUCCCCUCCUCCCACCGCGACGGACGUGGUUGUAGCCGCCGCCGAUCUCUCUCUCUGCCGGACUUCUCUUCUCUGAUCUCUUUGGAAAUUAGAAAUGGGAAAGGAGAAGGUUCACAUUAACAUCGUGGUUAUUGGCCAUGUCGACUCUGGAAAAUCAACCACAACUGGACAUUUGAUUUACAAACUUGGAGGGAUUGAUAAGCGUGUUAUUGAGAGGUUUGAGAAGGAAGCUGCUGAGAUGAACAAGAGGUCAUUCAAGUAUGCCUGGGUUCUUGACAAGUUAAAGGCUGAGCGUGAGCGUGGUAUCACUAUUGAUAUUGCCCUUUGGAAGUUUGAGACUACAAAGUACUACUGCACCGUCAUUGAUGCUCCUGGACAUCGUGAUUUCAUCAAGAACAUGAUUACUGGAACUUCUCAGGCUGAUUGUGCUGUCCUUAUUAUUGAUUCUACAACUGGUGGUUUCGAAGCUGGAAUUUCCAAGGAUGGACAGACUCGUGAACAUGCACUUCUAGCUUUCACUCUUGGUGUUAAACAGAUGAUUUGUUGCUGCAACAAGAUGGAUGCCACUACACCUAAAUACUCAAAGGCACGGUAUGAUGAAAUCAUCAAGGAGGUCUCAUCUUAUCUCAAGAAGGUUGGUUACAAUCCUGACAAGAUCCCAUUCGUGCCAAUUUCUGGUUUCGAAGGUGAUAAUAUGAUUGAGAGAUCCACCAAUCUUGACUGGUACAAAGGCCCAACUCUUUUGGAUGCUCUUGACAUGAUCCAAGAGCCCAAACGUCCGUCCGACAAGCCUCUCCGGCUCCCUCUGCAGGAUGUCUACAAGAUUGGAGGGAUUGGAACCGUGCCUGUAGGUCGUGUUGAGACUGGAACCUUAAAGCCUGGUAUGGUUGUUACCUUUGGUCCUACAGGCCUUACUACUGAAGUUAAGUCUGUGGAAAUGCACCAUGAGGCUCUCCAGGAGGCUCUUCCUGGUGACAAUGUUGGUUUCAAUGUCAAGAACGUUGCUGUGAAGGACCUCAAGCGUGGUUUUGUUGCCUCAAACUCCAAGGACGACCCGGCAAAGGAGGCUGCCAACUUCACCUCGCAAGUUAUCAUCAUGAACCAUCCAGGUCAAAUUGGGAACGGUUAUGCUCCUGUCCUCGAUUGUCACACCUCCCACAUUGCUGUCAAGUUUGCAGAGCUUGUGACUAAGAUUGACAGGCGAUCCGGCAAGGAGCUGGAGAAGGAACCCAAGUUCCUCAAGAAUGGAGAUGCAGGUUUCGUGAAGAUGGUUCCUACAAAGCCAAUGGUUGUCGAGACUUUUUCUACCUACCCACCUCUGGGUAGGUUUGCUGUCAGAGACAUGAGACAGACAGUUGCUGUUGGUGUCAUCAAGAGUGUGGAGAAGAAGGAUCCUACUGGAGCCAAGGUUACCAAAGCUGCUCAAAAGAAGAAAUGAACCGAGGAGAAUUCUGCAUUGGUCUUGUUUGGUGUCAGCAACAAUUUUAAUAUGCAUCCUUCUUGUCAGCUUUACGAGUCUAUAGGUUUGGUAUCUGGUGCGUCGAUGCAGAACUGGGUGCUCGAUAGGCGGUGGCAGUGUUGCAUUUAAGGUGCCUGUUCUAGCAAGUUUUUUUUUCCUUUUUUGAGCGGUCUCUCUCUAUAUUUUAAACUGGUACUUGAAGCGAAUUUGAGUUGUUUGGAUUCGACAAUAGUGGGUCUAGUUUGAUUCUGGUAUUUGACUUUAUAAAUCAGUACUUGGAUUUAUUAUAUUUGUUCA